AUGGCGGCCGCUCAGGUGAUUUCCAACUCGGGGCACGAGGACAUGAUUCAUGAUGCCGGUUUAGACUACUAUGGUCGCAGGCUAGCUACCUGCUCUUCCGAUAAAACGAUUAAGAUCUUCGAGAUUGAGGGGGAAUCGCACCGCUUGGUGGAGACCCUGAAGGGCCAUGAAGGUGCAGUGUGGUGUGUCGCAUGGGCUCACCCCAAGUUCGGCACCAUCCUCGCUUCUUCCUCCUACGACGGCAAGGUCUUGAUCUGGCGAGAACAACCCCAGAAUGCCACCUCCCCCGUCGGUGGCAGCACAUGGACCAAGGUCUUCGACUUCUCCCUCCACACCGCUUCCGUCAACAUGGUAUCGUGGGCCCCUCAUGAGAGCGGUUGUCUCCUUGCUUGCGCCUCUUCCGAUGGCCAUGUCAGUGUGCUCGAGUUCCGUGACAAUAACUGGACCCACCAGACCUUCCAUGCUCAUGGAAUGGGCGUGAACUCGAUCAGCUGGGCCCCCGCUGCUUUUGCGGGUAGCCUGAUCAGCUCCAACCCCGGCCCCGGCCAGCAGAGACGUUUCGUGACAGGUGGAAGUGACAACUUGGUCAAGAUCUGGGACUACAACUCUGAGUCCAAGACCUAUAACCUCACUCAAACCCUGGAGGGCCACUCCGACUGGGUUCGCGAUGUCGCUUGGUCCCCUAGCAUCCUGUCCAAGUCUUACAUCGCCUCAGCUUCGCAAGACAAGACCGUCCGCAUCUGGACUUCCGACGCAUCUAACCCGGGCCAGUGGGCGAGCCAAACACUCGAGUUCGACACCGUCCUCUGGCGCGUGAGCUGGAGUCUGAGCGGUAACAUUCUCGCCGUCAGCGGUGGUGACAACAAGGUCAGCUUGUGGAAGGAGAACCUCAAGGGCCAGUGGGAGAAGGUGAAGGACAUUGAGGAGUAA